AUGUCGCCCUCUGUGCUCAUGGACACAUCUGACGAUUUCGUCAUGCCUACUCCGAAGGCCCCUCAAUUCUCCAAACGAACGCUGCUUCUUUCGCCACCAUCGCUCUCAUCUCACCCAGAGAAAUUAACUAACGUGUUGGAAAUGCACAACCGAGCCGCCACAGAGAUGCAGAUGUUGGAUAGGCUCUCUGUCGGCCUCGUUUCCCUUCCUCAAUCCACUUACGAUCUUAUCAUGAUUCUUUCCGACGCCGAUGGGACCCGUCGCGAAAGUCAAAAUCUACUUAACCGAGACAUGCUGGCUUUGCUGGUCAAAGCAUUGAAGAGUGGGGGACACUUACGCAGUCAAGAUGGACAGUUUGGAUGUGUUGAUGGUGCAGAAAGGAACGAAGCCAUUCUUGCAGGUCUAUCUUUCGAGCCAGGAGCGGGAUUUGUUAAGCCGGACUAUGGUACUCAGGAGUCAGUGCCAUUGAAAUUUGGAAGAAAGAAAGCGGCCCCGGCCGCUGGCGGAUUGAAGACGAGCUGCGAUUCGGCUCCUCUGCCCCUGAACGGGAAAAGGAAAAGUGUGGAUGCGGUGCCUGCAGGGGUUGGAUUUGAUGAGGGAAUGAAUGACUCGGAUGAUGAGUUGAUUGAUGAGGACACUCUACUAGACGAGGAGGAUUUGAAAAGACCCAUUCAAAUUCCGACGGAAUGCAAACCCAAAGCUAAAAGGCGUCGGGCCUGCAAAGACUGUACUUGUGGACUGGCACAGAAGCUGGAGGCUGAGGAUCGAGCCAGGAGAGAAAGUGCCGAUAAAGCAUUGAAUACGAUGAAACUUCAGGCAGAUGAUCUCGCCGAAGUGGAUUUCACGGUGCAAGGUAAAGUGGGAAGCUGCGGAAAUUGUAGUCUAGGAGAUGCGUUCCGAUGUGACGGCUGUCCAUAUAUUGGGCUUCCUGCUUUCAAACCCGGCGAAGAGGUUCGUCUAUUGAACGAUGAGAUUCAACUCUAG